AUGGCAUCCUCCUCAUCUCCCUCUGCAAAACCUGCAGCCACCGUGUCGUACUUUCUUCGCCUGAUUGCACCACCCGCUCUCCGCAGCGAGUCGCGUAUACGUGCGACCAACACCAAUCUGGGGUCCUACGGAACCCAUGAUGCCAAUCUUGCCUUUACCGGUUACGGUCUUCUUUUCGUGUCGGAGGUUUUGAAGCGUGUUGCUACUGCUGCUACUACUACUGUUGCUUCUGCUUCUUCCACCACAGACUCGGCAGUGUCCACCACCUCUAAAACUAACCCAGCCAUCGGCUUGCUUGCCAAACUCUUGUUUGCCCGCAACGCUCUCACGGGCUCACCUAUUGUCUCGCCAGCCACUGUGGCCGAUGUAGCCACACGCACACGUACAUUCUCGUCGCUUAUAUCCGACAUUCGCAUCUUUAAUCGUCUCUGGGGGUUGGUUCCUCUCGCGGUGUGGGCCUUUGACACAGCUGCCGCGCCGCCCAGUGAUCCUGUGCUUCGUGCUGUGGCCUAUAUCCAGGUUGCUGCCAACUUAUUGUAUCAGCCACUUGAGAAUGUGGCAUACCUUGCAAUGCACGGAAUCAUUGGCGGAGUUUCUGAUGACGCCCAGAUGAAGCUGUGGAUCUAUUCGUGUUACUUGUGGGCCGCCCAUGUUGUGCUGGAUUUCAUUCGCAUUGCUAGAGAGUACGUGCUAGCCAAGAGAGUAGCAGCGGCUAGCGAAAAGGGAGGCGAGAAGAAGGUCAAAUGGACUCAAUGGUGGCAGUCCAUUGUUAUCAACUUGUCGUACUUGCCUCUCACAGUUCACUGGUCCCUUGAAAAGGGAUGCUUGCCUGAUAUUGCCGUUGGAUUUUUGGGUGCUACUGCUGCUUUGGCUAGCAUUUAUCCUAGAUGGACUACCAUUGCUGCGAUCCAGGAUGAGCCUGUCAAGGCAAAGGAGGAAUAA